GGUGCACGGUGUAGCUGGGACUGGACCGUCCAUGGCAGCGCGUGUCCACCUCCUCCUGCUGCUGCUGACCGUGGCCGCAGGGUGGGAGCGGCGGGCAGUGGGGGCCGGAGCCACGGCCGGACAGCGGGGCUCACUGCUCUGCCCCAGCAAGGACAAUGGAAGAACAGUUUCAAGCUUCCGAUAUGAAGACUGUUCAUCGCUUGGCGAGGUGAAAGGCCAGCAUGCUAUUGACCGUGUGGGUGGGUUCUGCUUCAGCCAGUUUCUACAGGGAGACAGGGUGGCUGUGCGAUUUCAAUGGACCCCAGGCCCCUUGGGAAUCGAAUACAUCCGAGGCUUCAAAAUAAUUCUUCAAGAAGCUAAAUCGAUUGGUGCCGAGAAAACAUGUCAGGCGUUGGUCUUAGAAGAAAAAAAUCAACUCAAAUACUUCAAUAAAACUCUGGUUCUGAAAUCGCAUCUGUUUCGCAGUUUGAAGUUUAAUACGCAAUAUAACGUGACCAUUCUCCCGUUUCCCAAUCUCCUGGAUGCAAAUAACACGUUUCAGUUUGAGGUGGAAUGCUGGUCUCCGAAGAACCUCGACGUCAAUCAACCGUACCUGUCCCCACACGGCAAUGUGACCUUUGACCUGGCUCCUUCUAUUUUUGGGUUUAAGGCCUAUCAUAUACGCUGCAAGAUGAACAGUGGCUUCCAGAAGGAGAAGAAUAUCUUUGUGGUGACGGACUCCAGUAAUGCCACUGGAAAACAGGUCAACUUCACUAUCAGGCCAGUGCUGUUCCCCUGGGCUGGACCUCUCCGGGCGAUGGCCAUCACUGUUCCCCUGGUGGUGGUAUCUGCAAUCAUCACCCUCUUCACCAUUGUCUGCUGCAAGAAACAGCAAAACCCGGUGUAUUCAGAACUGGACGAGGAGAAUUCCGAAUCAUCGCCCUCCCCGCGGACCAGAGCAAAGGUUUUCAUUUGUUACUCCAGCAAAGACUGUCAGAAACACCUGGCUGUGGUCCAGUGCUUUGCUGCCUUCCUGCAGGACUUCUGUGGCUGUGAGGUUGCUUUGGACUUAUGGGAGCAGCUGGAGAUCUGCAAGGAAGGCCAAACGGCCUGGCUAAGUCGGCAGAUCAUGGAGUCUCAUUACGUCAUUGUGAUCUGUUCCAAGGGGAUGAAGUUCUUUGUGGAGAAGAAGCAGCACAAACACAGAGGCCGCUGCCGUGAGGGCGAGCUCUUCCUGCUGGCCGUGUCCAUGGUUGCCGAGCGUCUGCGACAGGCACGACUACAGGCGGGCAACCCCUCCAGGUUCAUCGCCGUCUACUUCGACUACUCGUGCGAGGGGGACAUCCCCGGGGCGCUAGACCUGGCCUGCAAGUACAAGCUGAUGGACCACUUCCCCCAGCUCCACUGCCACCUGCAUGCCCGGGACGUCCGCCAGCCCGACUCCGACACGGACGCUGACACGGACACGGAGCAAGCCAACCUCCGCAAGAGCAAUUACUUCCACACACGGUCUGGCCGCUCGCUCUACAUGGCCAUCUCCAACAUGAAGCAGCUGAUUGAGCUGGAGCCCAACUGGUUUGAGAAGCAGCUGCUGAUGCCCGGCCUGCUUCCCCUCCCCCUCCCUCCACGGCAGGCGAGGCCCAGGACCGACUCGGGCCUUGUUCUCAACGAGGUGGUCUUCAAACAGCAGCUGACCCACCAGGACUUCCACUUGAAGACCAGGGCAGACAUCACCCCCACCAACUCUGUCUCCUAUUCCAUCAUCCAGCACUUGGACGUCAGGGAGGACGGGGACGACUCUGACCCUCGGGAAGCGCGUGCCCUGCUGAGACCCGCCCCGCACACGCUGGCCGUGGUCACCCUGCCUGAGAUGCCCAGGGACUCCGGGAUAUAUGACUCCUCAAUCCCCUCGUCAGAGCUCUCGCUGCCUCUAAUGGAAGGCUUGUCCUCAGACCAGGCCGACACUGGCUCCAUGGCAGAUAGUGUCUCCACAUCCUCCGGCCUAGGCGAAGAUGACCCACCUGCUCUCGCAACCAAGGCAGCAGUUCCUGGACUGUGUAAGCUGGAAGUGGACAGCCAUGUGCAUGGUGCUGUGACCCUAUAACGCCGUGUGACACCGCAGACGCAUUGCCACUUUAGCUCUUGAACUUUACCACCAAGGACCCUGCCCUGUCCCAACAACGUUGCGAGCAGACCCCGUGCCAUGGUGUCUAAGCAAGACGAGCCCUGUCUCUCCAGCUCACCACAA